AAAACAAAAUUCUACUAUAGUAGUGAUUAAAAUAACCACAUUUUUUCACAAUAACCACAUCAUUUUUAUUAAGUGAGAUUAUCUAAGUGAAUAUUAAAAUUUAGUAUAUCAUAAUAAUUAUUGCUUACUCUUUUUGAUGAUCGAUAAAUAGAAGAUGCAACAGGGCCAAUAAGAUUAGAUUGUACAGAAUUGAUAUCGCCUACAUAAAAUAUAGGUCGGCUUGCACUCCGUAGACCCUAUAAAAGAGUUAUUGAAAAAAACAUUAUAUUAAUAUUUUAUUUUAUGUUAAAAAGAUAUAUAUUUCACUGAAAAAUUUGUAUUGCAAAUAUAUGUUAACAUUUACUUGCCUGAUAACCAUGUUCCAAUUCAGUGUAAGACAUGUCAGAUGAAGUUUCAUUGAUAAAAAAGACUGCACUACUUAUCUUAGAUAAUUUAAUUAUCAAAUAAGUACGUUAAACAUCAACUAACUCGUUUUACUUAUUUACCGAAGAUUUUACAGUAUCUAUUUCGUUCGUAGUGGGACCACCGGUAUAACAAUGGAAUUGCCAAUCAAUGUGGAUGCGUUCCACAAUUAGGUUAUGUUAUACAGAAUGUGUCUUUGUGAUCACAUAAGAAAAAGAGAAUAUGAAUAAUACAUAUGACAAAAACAAGUACUAUUAGUUUGAAAUAAUUUUAAUUGAAAAUACAUUUAUUUAAUUGAUGAUAAUAAAUAUGAAAAUACUAUAAUAUAUUAAUAAAAUAUCCUCGUUUUUAUUUUUAUUAUCUGGAAUUACAGUAAUGUUUAUAAACUAAAUUAAAUUAAGAAUCAUGGCCAUUAUAUAACGAACAUUUAAUGAUUACAUUUUCAAUGGCUAAAGAAAAUAAUAGAGAUCAUGCUAUUGCGGGAGCUAUUAGUGGAUUUCUUACACGUUUCACUUGUCAGCCCUUGGAUGUUGUAAAGAUAAGAUUUCAGUUGCAAGUAGAACCUAUAGGGCAACAUCAUGCUAGUAAAUAUCAAUCUAUUUUCCAAGCAUUUUGGUUGAUAUUAAAAGAAGAAGGAAUAUUUGCAUUAUGGAAGGGACAUAUGCCUGCUCAAUUAUUAUCUGUAGUUUAUGGGACAGGACAGUUUUAUUCUUACAAUGUAAUUAUGGAAUUUUCUGAUAAAUACUCAUAUUUAAAUGAAAGGAAAUAUUUGACAAAUUUUGUGGCUGGUGCAAGUGCUGGAAGUAUCGCUACCAUUGUAUCUUUCCCUUUUGAUACUAUUAGAACAAGAUUAAUAGCUCAAUCUUACAAUUGCAAAGUAUAUAAAGGUAUAUUACACUCAUGUAGUACCAUUCUGCAUAAAGAAUCACCAAAGGUCUUUUUUUCUGGAAUAUCACCAACUUUAUUACAAAUUGCUCCACAUACUGGUUUACAAUUUUUAUUUUAUAAAUAUCUUGUAGAUAUCUAUAAAAAGUAUUUUAAAGAAACUGAAACGAACUUUUACAAUUCUAUGAUAUCUGGUAGUAUAGCUGGUUUAAUGGCAAAAACCGUUGUAUAUCCAAUGGAUUUAGCACGAAAAAGACUGCAAAUACAAGGUUUUGAAUAUGGUAGAAAAGAAUUUGGUAGAUUUUUUAAAUGCAAAGGUUUGAUAGAUUGUUUAAGAGUAACGAUAAAAGAUGAGGGUGUAAAAGGUUUGUUUAAAGGUUUAUUACCAAGUCAAUUAAAAGCUGCAUUGACGACAGCUUUACAUUUUACUUUUUAUGAACAAGCCUUAUUAAUUUUAAAGAAUAUAUGACAAUAUUGAUUUGAAAAAAUAGAUAACUAAUGUUGUGUAAUAAAAUAUGAAUGAAACAUUACUAUUGUUACACCGUAACAAUGCACUGAUCAGCAACGAUGCUCUCAAGAUUUGAUCUUUAUUUUAUUUAUUAUUUUAAUGGUACAAAUAUAUAAAUAAAUUAAUAAAAAAAAAAAAAAAUUACGAUCAACUAUUAUAAUUUUUUUUUUUACCGAUCAUUUA